CCGCAAGCGCACCUAAGAGACGUGCUUGCUUGCUUGCCUGUUUGCCGUAGAUCGAACCCUCCGCGCUGGCACAAAGCGCAGCGAGAAGAGAAGAGAGCGCGCGCGAGAGAGAUCGAGAGAACCACAGAGACAGAGAGAGACAGAGAGACAGACACGGACGGCCGAACCAGCAAGGUCUUCGACCCCGACACAUGCUCAGCUCGUGCCUGACUCAUCCCGAACCUCCACUGCUGGCCUGGUAGUCUGCCAACACGUUCCCUCUUCUCCGCAAACAUGGCCACCCACUCGAAAGCACCCGCUCCGUCCACAAACGGAGUCCUCAGCGCGCCCCCACCAGUCGGGGUCAAUAGGAAGAAGGCGAAGAGAAGGGCCAAACAGCAGGCCAAAUCUGCGCAACAGCUGCCCGUGCACCACGUAGCUGGCCAGCAGACAACAGAGGGCUACGACGAAGAUGCUCUGCGAUACGAGGAGGAGGAGGAAGACGACUACGACUCCGAAGCCGACUAUGACCCAUCGGACGAUCACCACUAUGCUCCCCAUGCUCCAACAAAUGGCGUGCAUCCACCUCCUCCGCCACUGGUGAGUAGUGGUAGCAAGAGGGGUAAGAAGAAGCAGACCGGCAGCAUGUCGCAAGGCGGCGCAUACGACCCGCGAAUGCUGCCUCCCUCAAUGCACCACGGCGAGAACACUCCUUCUUCUGGCCCUGUCUCCCUGAGCCGACCGCAUCGUGGCAGCCGCCAGGGCGAUGCCAUCUGGCACACGAGCAUGCAGCAGGAACGCGAGAACAUCAAGCACUUUUGGCUGAACCUUACCGAAGACGAGCGCAAGCGUUUACUCCGGAUCGAAAAGGAAGCUGUGCUCAAGAAGAUGAAGCAGCAGCAGAAGCAUUCGUGCUCCUGCACAGUCUGCGGUCGCAAGCGUCUGGCCAUUGAGGACGAGCUCGAGUUGCUUUAUGAGGGCUACUACGCCGAGUUGGAACAAUACGCUCACCACGAUGUUCCACCUCUUCCUUCGUCUGAUGGCUUGGUUCCCGAUCCGUUGCAGCACCGCCGGCCCCACCCUCUGGCGACUCCCCCGCCACCCUUGCAUCAUCCUCAUCAUGCUCACGCGCACACUCAUUCUCACCACCGGACCAGUCAGAUCCACGAGGUUUUGGACGAUGAAGAUGAGUACAGCGAGGAGGAGGAAGACGAGGAAGAGUACAGUGACGAGGAGGAGGAUGAAGACUACUCAGAUGACGAGCCCGAGCCCGAGCCUGAACCGCCGCGGGGCCACCCAGGCGUGCCAGACUUCUUCAAUUUCGGCACGCAUCUAACUGUCAAAGACAAUCUCCUCACCGUAGCCGACGACUUGCUCAAGAACGAUGGCCGGAAGUUCAUUGAGAUGAUGGAGCAGCUCGCCGAGCGACGCUUGCAGCGAGAACAGCGGUCUCAGUACGAAUCCGACACCCACUCCGGCUAUCCUCCGGGCGAUCCCACCUACGACCACCAAGACCAAAUGGAUGGCGACGAGUUCGACGACGAGGAGGAUUCGUACAAUUCGCAAGAAGAGUACGACGACGAUAUCGAAGAGGAGGAGGAUUUGGUGGGUGACAUGAAAAUGGAAGGACGUCGAAUGUUUCAAAUUUUCGCGGCACGCAUGUUCGAACAGCGCGUGCUGACCGCGUACAAGGAGAAAGUCGCCGCCGAACGCCAGCAGAAGCUUUUGGACGAGCUCGAGGACGACGCGAAAUUACAAGCUCAACGAGAAGCCAAGAAGCAACGUGACGCGCAAAAGAAGAAGGACAAAAAGAAGCAACAGCAGAUGGCCAAAGCGGAGGAGAAGGCCAAGCGUGACGCGGAGAAGGCGGAGGAAGAGGCCAAGUUGCGCGCAGCCGAGGAAAAGAAGCAAGAAGAACAGCGGCGCAGGAAGGAAGAGCAGCGACGCAAGCGCGAGGAGGAAAAGAAGAAGCUGGAGGAAGAGAAGGCGCGCAAAGAAGCCGAGAAGCUCAAGCGGCAGCAGGACGAACAGCAGCGGCGAGAGGAGACGGAGCGCAAAGCACGUGAGCAAAAAGCGGCGGAAAAGGCCAAGAAGGAGGAGCAGCGCAAGAGAGAACGUGAAGAACGAGAAGCACGUGAAAAGGAAGCUCGAGAGCGCAAGGCUCAGGACGAGAGAGAUCGCAAGGAGCGCGAAGCCAAGGCGAGAGCCGACAAGGACGCCAGAGAUCGAGAGCGCGGCGCACAACAGACUGCUAAUGCAAACCACAUGGCACACCCGCCACCUGCACUGGCUAAGCGUCCGUCGCAGCAGGCCACGGUGGCGAUACCAGGCAUGUUUGGCAAGCAAACGCCUUCUGGCGUGGCCUCACCUCACCCUUCGGUCCCCAUGCCAGCAAUUCCCAAGGCAUCGACUCCAUCCAAGCCCAAGCAAGCUUCGCAUCAAGGCUCGCACGCCAGCUCACCCAGACAGGCUCAACCGCAGGUUCCGAAUGCUCCAAGCAAAGCAUCAUCUCCCGGGAGCAAUGGAACUCAGCAGGCUCAGAAUCAACCACGGCAAAUCUUGCAGAAGUCUGGUGCUCACCAGGGAAACCAUCAGACUCAGCCUCACGCGGGGGGCCCGUCCCCGCUUCAUCACCAGCCUAUUCAGCCUCCUCCUGGUAUGCCACACCCACAGCAAUUCCCACCUGGAGCUUUUGGAGGAAUGCCUCCAAUGGGCUUCCAAAACUUCCAAGGGCCUCGAGGGCCGAUGGGAAUGCCCAAUAUGGGACAACGCGGUCCAAUGCCCAUGUUCCCUCAGCAGCCACCCCACAACAUGGGGUUCCCCAAUGGCCUUGGCUUUGGUACUCCUGGGAUGAAUGGCAUGGGCCCUCCGCCAGGCAUGAUGAUGCCGCCGCAGGGCCGACCGUUUCCCUUCGACAACGGCCCAGGAAUCAUGGGGCAACCGCCGCCUGGCUUUGGUCAGCACCCAUCUCAUCACCCUAACCACAGUUCACCAGUGGGACAGCCGCCUACAAGUGGCAUCGAAGCACAGCGACAAAGCAUGUCUGGACAUUCACGCCAACCAUCGUCUGACAAGGACCGUCUCGACUCUGCAGCAAGUCAGCCGAUUGCACGACCGGCGCCGAUACAGCGACCUGGUAGUGUCCGGCCACCUGGACCGGACCGGAACGGCUCCAACGGCGACGUGGACGACCUGUCGAAGCAUCUGGGCAGUUCCGCCUUGCUGGACGAUAGUGACGAACCCUGCCCGAAAGACAGACGACAUUCAAGCAUGGCUACCAAUCCUCGUGGGAUCAACAUCCCCGGCGCAGGCAUGACUCCGAUGGGUGGUGGAUUUGGUGGUCUUAACGCGCCAGGAACUUCUUGGGGCAAUACUUCUGCUACGCCAUUUGGCCAGUCCCCUGCAUUGGGUGGUCCAGGUUGGGGUGCUCUGCCACAUCAGGUCGGCAGUUGGGGUGCCAACAACGCAGCCUUCUCCAAUAAUAACAACCAUUUUGGCACUUUCGGCGCUCCAAUCAGUGGCCCUCGUGGCGGACCUCAAACGCGACCCAUUACAGUGCGACAGCUUCUCUGCAACGCUUGCAGAGAACUGUCCAGAUCUGGCGAAGAAUACCACAAUGUGGAUGCUGUGAUCCAGCUUAUCAUGUCGCGCAAUCCACCGCUUGACUUUGCGCCUGAUGCAGCAGAAGUCAAGGAUAUCUCCACUGUGGAAGGUGAUUCUCGCAACGGUGGUGGUGAAUUGCACUUCCGUGAGCACGAUGAUGGUUCCAAGGACAUCAAGUGGACACAGGACGCUUCGACACCAGAUCAAGGGGGACAUCGUUCUUCAGAGCUUGCAGCGAUAGGUUCGCCUGCAGUGGGCAAGAGCUCACCCGCCUUUGGUAUGUUUGGUGCGCCUGGUACGGGACGUGGAUCUGCUGGUCCGCCCAUGGGCAUCCUUCAGAAUCUCGGUGCGAUUGGAAGCUCUGGCUUAUGAUGGGAUGCAAGGAAUCCCAGUGAAUGAAUAGUAAUUAGUGGCGAGACUCCUUCUACGCUGCUGACUUUCAGGCAGAAUCGCCGUCUUUUUCGGUUGUCUGUGUGUGUGUGUGUGUGUGUGUGUGUGUGUGUGUGUGUGCACUGGAAUGGCAUAAUGACAACGAUGGUAAUGGCAUGUGGCGUCCAAGCUCAGCAAUUUUGCUGUCCGUUGUCAUCAAAGGAACUUUUGUAGCGCCUUCGGUUCUCAAUAAUCGAAGUUUUUGAAUGUCACGCUCGACUACUACGUCUAGUAGUACUGUUGUUGGUUCAGAAGUCCUUCUCUUCGGUCUUUUCUCCCCCUUCUCUCUCUCUCUCUCCCACCCCUCCCCACACACAACCACGAGAGUCCUUCUUUCCUUGAUCACUGAUGAGCAACACCUCGACUACAAGAUUUCUGGGUAUAGACCAAGUAGGUCAUUCAUCUCCUCUCACUAUGCCGUGAGUACAUGUAACAAGCAGGUCAAGUACCCCAUCCCGUCGGUUCUUCAUCCACCUCCCCUCUUUGCACUCUAGGACCUCAAGAUGGUUCUUUCAAACUAUCCGUAGCUUCCAAGUGAAAAAGCACAUUACUCUGAUAAUUCUUGAACAUUUGCGCGACGAGUUCAAUGUUCAUAUUUUGGACGUUGAUUUCUUGGAGGGAUUUGUUCAGGACCAUGAUUGCUUCGUUGAGUUUUUCGACGUUGGUGAUGAUGCGUGAGAGAAGUUGGGAUUGUUGGUGUUCGUGGGGGGAUUCCAUUUUGUAUCACCUCGUCGUCGCCGUGAUGACGUUGAUAUUUGUUGUCG